GUAGACCACAUCUGUAAACUCCCCCCCCCCCAACCCUUUUUUCCCCUGCUCCUUUUUUUUUUUACCCAACCUCCCAAACCCUGGGAUAUUCUGGCAGUGGAGCAUGGAAGAGUUCAUGUUCCUGUUGUGGAUAGCCUGCCUGUGUGCACACAAGUGUUGGUGUGCCCCAGAUGUGCCCUGGUGCCCAGUUGCAGAGGAGAACAGGCAGUAUGAGCUCAACUGUACAGGAGAUUUCAUGUUGCCCGAAAACAAGCAGUAAGUAAAGUUUAUUGACAAGAUUGUUGCACGUGGGUACAUCUUUGAACUGUGAAUUAAAGAAAAAAAAAACUGCAUGAAAAGAUCAAAGUUGGGAACAGUGUUUGUGUACAAAUGCUCACUCUACAGCAGUGGUUCUCAACCUUCCUAAUGCCGCGACUCUAUUAAUACAGUUCCUCGUGUUGUUGUGACCCCCAACCAUAAAAUUACUUUCGUUGCUACUUCAUAAAUAUGUGUUUCCCGAUAGUCGUAGGCAAUCCACAGGUUGAUAACCGCUGCUCUACAUAAACCUUAAAGUGGUUAUCCUGUUCAUAACCAUUCUUGACGUGUUCCUCAACAUUCUUGACCAGUUCCUUAUCAUUCUUAGCUGUUCCUAAUCAUUCUUGACCUGUUCGUCAUUAUUCUUUUCAUGUUCCUCAUCAUUCUUGUCCUGUUCCUCUUCAUCUUGACCUGUUCCUCUUCAUCUUGACCAGUUCAUCACCAUUCUUGACGUGUUCCUCACCAUUCUUGACCUGUCCCUCACAAUUCUUGACCUGUCCCUCACCAUUCUUGACCUGUCCCUCUUCAUCUUGACCGGUCCCUCACCAUUCUUGACCUGUCCCUCACCAUUCUUGACCUGUUCCUCAUCAUUCUUGACCUGUUCCUCAUUAUUAUCAAAAACAAUAAUUCACCUAACAAAACUGCACACUGUAAAUUCGGACACACAUCUGUCAUGUUAUAGAUGAUGCCACAAUCCAUUAGUGUUAACAAUGUUAUCAAUUAUCCCGUCUAUUAUAUAAGUAAUAUGUUGAUUAUUUACCGUAACGACUUAAAGACACCUUUAAGAUUUAUAUGUAUGUACUGUGAAAAUUGGAAAUAAGGCGAAACCAAGGGACCGACGUAUAAGUAGUUAUAUUUUCAAGGAUGGUGCUAUGUGCUGGGAUAGUGCUAUGUGCAGGGAUGGUGCUAUGUGCUGGGAUGGUGCUAUGUGCAGGGAUGGUGCUAUGUGCUGGGAUGGUGCUAUGUGCAGGGAUGGUGCUAUGUGCUGGGAUGGUGCUAUGUGCAGGGAUGGGGCUAUGUGCUGGGAUGGUGCUAUGUGCAGGGAUGGUGCUAUGUGCAGGGAUGGUGCUAUGUGCUGGGAUGGUGCUAUGUGCAGGGAUGGUGCUAUGUGCAGGGAUGGUGCUAUGUGCAGGGAUGGUGCUAUGUGCUGGGAUGGUGCUAUGUGCAGGGAUGGUGCUAUGUGCUGGGAUGGUGCUAUGUGCUGGGAUGGUGCUAUGUGCAGGGAUGGUGCUAUGUGCUGGGAUGGUGCUAUGUGCUGGGAUGGUGCUAUGUGCAGGGAUGGUGCUAUGUGCAGGGAUGGUGCUAUGUGCAUUGAUGGUGCUAUGUGCAGGGAUGAUGCUAUGUGCAGGGAUGGUGCUAUGUGCAGGGAUGAUGCUAUGUGCUGGGAUGGUGAUAUGUGCUGGGAUGGUGCUAUGUGCUGGGAUGGUGCUUUUUGCAGAUACGGUGCAAAAAAAAUGUUUCCGUGCCGUUGUGAUUUAGCGCAUAUAUCAGGAACAACGCUAUUUCCCGUUUCGUUAUUUCCAGGUCUCACUGUAUUUUUUCCUGUACAUAAUUUUUAUAUCAGUAUCUGAUGAUUACAGCAUAUUUUGUGUUUUCCAAUUCAGGUUCAUCACGUGGCAGACGAUCGACAAGAAUAGUAAGAGUAAUGACAUCACUACAUGUGCUUUGACACAAACGAUUUGUGAGACCAACCGACAACCCAAGUAUGCAGUGAGCAAUUUAAAGUUAAACCAUGAGGGAAAAUUUGUGUUCAACCUCAAGUUUAAAAACAUCUCAGUUGAAGACCGUGACACCAGGAUCACGAGUCUAUUAUGGAUAAUGAACGAUGAUGACGUCAAGAAAGAAGUCUGCUCCUGUCGAAUGGCUGUCUAUCGUCCAGGCACGGCUGUCGAGUGCACAUUCCGGACAUUUGAUGGCGGUGUGAGACUACAAUGUAGCAGCGUAAACGUGUAUCCCGGAAUUCUUUGUCGAUUUAAUGAAAUUUUUAAUAUGGCAUUUAGUAAAUCCAAUAUUUCAAUGACCACCACCAACAUUCCACUCAACACGGGUGGUCCAUUGUCAUAUAACAGUACAUGUUCCGCUACGGUCUAUCACACUAAGGCGGGAAACUAUACCUACCGGAUUUCUUACCAACCAGAUUACCCACACGCUGAAAAGUUUGUACAACAUAACGUCAGUGGUUUUAUCCACGUGACACAUGUCCCCAAUGUUACUGUGUUGCAAGUUGACAGCAUUCUGUGUUCUGGCAAAACCAACAUUAAGGUGAUGUGUUCAGCAACGGACUUCAACUCAAAGCCAGUGUUCAAAUUAUUUCUGGCAUCUCAGGAAAUUCCAGCUACAGAAUACGGACAAACAUCUGCGACUUAUCAGAUAGAUGUGAACAGUUCGUUACAAAAGAAAUUGAUCACAUGUGUGGCGGACUACGAGGCCAACCCGUGGAAAGACUUUUCUAUCAACGACACAAAGAGACUAGAUCUAAAAUGGCCGCCACCGACUUCCCCGUUCUUCAAGGAUGGGAAGUCCAAGACGAAGCUGGGAGACAUCAUUGAAAUAAACAGGGGCGGGAAUUUAAGCGUGACCUGCGUGGCCCCGGGAGGUAAUCCAGAGGUCUCCACAAUCAACGUUCAAUGCUGGAGUAACGCAACGUUGAGGCUCAACACAUCCAGCAAGACCGGAAGUGUAAGUUUCACGUUGUUCGGCAACAGCACGUUUCAGAUCCAGGGCUGUCAGUGUUCUGCCUUUCAGCCCGUGACCUGUUACAAUGCCACGUCAAUCAUCUUUUUCUACGUCAAGCCGUUCCAAGGGAAGACGGCGGUGGUGUCGUGGGAGAUGAACAACAAGCUGACGCCGGUGUACUACAUCAUCGCGGUAACGCUCUUCCUCCUCUUCCUGCCCAUCAUCCUCGGCACGUGCAUCUAUAUCAGCCGAAAUGCAGACGACCUAUACUCGUACUACUACUCUUCCAUGCUUUUCAAACGGUCCCCGUCCACGCGUCACUCCAGCUCCAGCGUGCCUUCUCUCCCGCCUCCGAGACUGCCGCCCAGACGCCAGUCCGUACCGGACCUCGUCGUGCCGGCGCUUAAGUCAGAGCCCGACCACGAGUCCGACGGCGACUGGGAGGAGGAUCAUACAUUUCUACCUGAAUUUUUGGCGUCGCUCCCUCCACAGCAAGAAAGCAUGUCGUGCAGUCUGACGACGGACAAUGACGACUACCUGAUGCCCUGUGUUGUCUCCCGCUUUUCGUCACUCCCGAAAGUGAACUCGGCACGCGCAGAAUAUGGGGCGCAUCUCCGCAACGAGGCUUCUCUGUCCGUUGGAGAUAUUCCUCCCCGGUCAUUGGGCUUCCCUCCACCCCCACCUCGGGGACGCCCUCAGCUCCCACCCGAGAGAAUCCGAAAGGACCGGAAGAGGGAGCGGCGAAAAAGGGGGCCGAGAAACAGUAAUGCGGUUUCUUCACGUGACGCGCAUCGGAGGAAAGCUGCUGAAAAUCUUGACGUCACUUCCGAUUCCAGCACCGCGUUUCACGACACUAGCUUUAGUGAAUUGCCCAACAUUAACGGCCUGGUGCUGAGGAGCAAUGACGUCAUGGCGAGAGGCGGCACAACUUUAGAAAAGAGAAAGGGGACCGCCAGCUCCCCGCAGAAUGAUUAUGUCAUCGCCUCUGACGUCACCCACGGCUGGGCACCAGCGAUGUCGUUUGACGACAGUGACUCCUCGGACAUUCUCGCGGACAUUGAAGAGCUCAACUGCUACCAGGGCUCUCCGAAGCUGCCGCCAAGACAACACGGCCGCCAGAACAACAGCAUCAACAUGGUCCCCCCGCCAACAAGUCCCCCGAGGCGAGACGCCAGCUUUGGGAACCAUCAGCCUCUUUCUUUAAACUUGAGUCCACAGGAAUCCGACCUGGGUGCAACUGCAGACGUGCAAUUUAUUUAUAACGACGAUGACCGGUUGGAUGUACAAUCCCUGUAUAAUGACGACGAUCAACUGGAUUUACAACCGCUGUUUAGUAACACUAUAUUGGAAACGCGACAAAUUCUUAACCAAGCUACGUCAUGACGCGAAGGGAAAUCGUCUCAGUAGACUUCUGUUUGACUGGGAUAAGAUCAAUGGCGUACCUAGAGUUAGUGCCGCCAGGGGCGGGCCAAGAAUUUUUCCGCACCCUCUCCAGUUGUUGGAAAAUGCAACUUGUCAUUAUAG